GACAAAAGGAAGUGCAGAUUGCUGAGGUUACCGCGGUUGCUACGAUAUAUCCAAGAUGCCGUCGAUCAAACUUGCUAGUUCCGAUGGUGAGGUUUUUGAUAUAGAUGUGGCUAUUGCAAAGCAAUCCGUCACCAUAAAAACCAUGUUGGAUGAUUUAGGGUUGGAGGAGCAAGGAGAUGAAGAGCCAGUUCCCCUCCCAAAUGUUAAUGCUGGAAUUCUGCGUAAAGUUAUUCAGUGGUGCACUUAUCACAAAGACGAUCCACCACCCCAGGAAGAUGACGAAAACAAAGAACGUCGUACAGAUGAUAUUCCUAGUUGGGAUCAAGAGUUCCUUCGUGUCGACCAAGGAACACUGUUUGAGUUGAUGUUAGCAGCCAACUAUCUCGAUAUUAGGGGACUGUUGGAUGUAUGCUGUAAAACUGUAGCUAAUAUGAUCAAAGGAAAAACACCAGAAGAAAUACGCAAAACCUUCAAUAUUAAGUGUGACUUCACGCCCCAGGAGGAAGAACAAGUUAAGAAAGAAAAUGAAUGGUGUGAAGAAAAAUAACCCAGAAGACUAAAUUUUUUUGUUUUAAAAUUUCACACUUGACUUUCACCACAGACACUUCUACGCAUAUCUUUCCUGGUAAAACAAACUGUAGUUACUUUACCAUUGAAGUUUUGAUGUAUGUGUACAAGAAAUAACUUUCCUUUGUUUCUCCGCUGAAAUCCUUGUAAAUCACUAUUCGGAACUUGUUCCUUUUUUUCUCAUCUUAAUAUCUGUUCACUUGUUUGUCCAUUUAGAUUUUUUUUGUCAUUCGUUCGAACGCGUGCUAUAUCAUUAUUCGUUUUAAAUAAAACCUUAUCCCCCUUAUAUCCUGUGAAUAAAUACAUAAAAUGUAUAUUUAAAAUCGAAAAAGAAUUUGCCUAGUUAAAAAACAAGUGAAGUUUGUAGUUUUAC